GGGUCAUUGACGUUGAAUUCACUUACACGAUGACACAUUUACCAAUUUGCUGUGUGCCUCGCAGUAAUGAUAUCCAAGAGAGUUCACGAUGAACUGAUGGCAGUACAGCGAGUUCUACAUUAUCUUCCGGUUUCGCCAUGUACCGAGUACGGUUGGACCCCACACGAGCGCCAACUCUUUUGGAUGGCGCUCGAUCAAUAUCCAAGAGGACCCUGGACAGCCAUCGCGGAGUUCAUCGGUACCAAGUCAACCCGCCAGGCCAUGACGCAUGGCCAAAAACUCCGCCAAAAGCUCAAGCGCUGGGGCUCACGUCUUCAUCGCAACCCGACAGCACGUUCGCUCAUGGGUGGUGUCCCUUUGACCUCGCGCUCAAGUGCCACCGUCGUGACCGGCACAAAUGUUGCGAUAUCGAGUCCUCUUUCUCUAGCUAUGGCCCCACCAACGCCAUCCGGCCUCGGACCUCCACCAGCAUUGACACAAUCGCCGCCUUCGCGAUCGUACACACUCACAACACAGGGUGAGGCUCGUUCCAUGCUAGAGGACGAGGGUAGAAGCCUUCAACACAAAACGGAAAGAUUCGUCGGUAAUAAUUGCAGCAGUUCAAGGGCUAUGCACGUACAAGGCAAUCCGACGAACGCUGUUGUGUCCGGGAGUUCGGAAUUCGACAGCCUAUCAAUGAGUUAUAAACCACACACGACGGAAACUGGUCCAGUUUUACCUGCAGAUGCUUCAAUAUAUUUCGGCGAGACAAAGAGCGACGAAGACACUGUAGCUGCACGCCCAAUCUCCGAACCAGUAAUGCCUGCUCGAAAUCUGCUCGAUGAGUUGGUAGAUACGCUCUGGAGUGACCACCUGGGAGAAACGAAGUAGUCUAUAUGGUUGGCCCUUACUAUUAAGAUGGAGUCUGGGUUACAUACAAUUCGUUUCCAGCUUUCGUUAGUCGACCAGUAUCACGGAUCUAUGGCUUCGCUUGUUAGCGAAGGCUGAGCCCAAUUUGUACCAACCCACUUCGUGUUCGGCUCACUGCACAAUAAGGAGCGCAGAUCCUUCUUUAUCCUAGGGUAGCCAAACAUGCUUUAAGCUGACUCGUGGUAAUUUCCCACCGAAUAUCCACCAUCACUCAAGCC